CAGUUUCCCACUCUUUAUCUCUCUAACCUUCUUUCACACACAGUAGCAGAGAUGGGAGAUCGAGAAGAAGGAGAAGGUGAAGAUGCAAAUGCAAUGGCCGCGACUCCAGUUUCUUCCCAUAUCAAUUAUUAUCAUGAUCAAUUCCGGCAACGAUCUUCUACUCUUUGAGCUGCCGGCAGAAUGUCACCGUUCGUUUCGCUUUCAAUCUCGCUACUCGUGAUUUUAGCUUCAAUAUGCAGGGCAGCAAUAUCCGAUAAAGAAGCUGUUGAAAACUUGGAAAUCGCUUCUGUUGUGAUUGUGGAUGGAGAUUCUUCGAUUUUAAGCGCUAACGGGACGUUCAAGCUUGGAUUCUUCAACAAUAAUGAACAACCCAGAUGGUUUUUGGGGAUCUCAUAUGCGUCAAUUCCCACUCCGACAUACGUAUGGGUCGCCAAUCGGGAAAAUCCGGUGAAAAUUUUAACUUCUACGGCCGGGGUUGUUAUUGGGGCCGAUGGGAAGUUGGCCGUGAGAGAUUCCGACGGAGAAAUAGUGUGGAAGACGGAAAACGAGGAGCCGGCGGCAGCGGCGAAGCUUCUUGAAGACGGGAAUCUCGUCCUCGUUGACACCCACGAUAGUGUUGUGUGGCAGAGCUUCGAUUUUCCGGCGGAUACAUGGUUGCCGGGUAUGAAUCUUUCCGGCGAGCAAUCGCUGACGCCUUGGAGGAGUUCCGACGACCCAUCGCCGGGUUUGUAUUCUCUCCGGCUUAAGCAGUCGGAUUACAGCGAGCUUGAGCUUGUGUGUAACGGAACCAUAGCUUAUUGGUCAUCCGGCAAUUGGACAGGAAACGCGUUUUCCGGCGUACCGGAAAUGAUGAUACAGUACUUAUACAGAUUCCAUUUCACAAAUCCUUCCUCCCCUGCUGCAUCUUUUGGCUACAUGGAGACGGCAACAGAAAGUGGUAUCCCGCCAUUGACGCGGUUCAAGCUGGAGUCCACCGGUCAAUUCCACCAGUAUACAUGGUCGUCUCAGACGGAAAGCUGGAAUGUAUUUUGGAGGGCGCCUGAUAAUCUCUGCAAAGUGUACGGAUUAUGCGGAAACUUCGGUUUCUGCACUACCCAACUUCUCAAUCCCUGCAAAUGUCUCGCCGGAUAUAAACCCGUAGACGAUUCCGGUUGGGCUUCCGGUGAUUUCUCUCGCGGUUGCCAAUUGGAAAACGAAUCUGCUUGUGAGAGUAACAAUGGGUUUGAAGAAAUUGGGGCGGUAAGCUUCGACAGAGCAAUUGAGUUUCCGACCGGAAGUAGAACCUCCUGUGAGAAAGCUUGUCGUAGUAAUUGCUCCUGUUUUGGGUAUUAUCUCAACGAGAAGACAGGUAAGUGUAAGGCCCUGUUGGGUUCAAUGAUUAAUCUUCAUAACUUAACUUCAGAUAGCAUAAGUGAAGAUAUAUUAUAUGUAAAGGUUCCAAAAGGAGGUUUAACAAAGAACAAACAGAAGAAGAUAUCAAUGGCGGCUUUGAUUGGAAUUAUUUGUGGGCUUUUAUCAAUUCUGUCAUUGUUAACAUUUGUGCCAUUGUUUCUCUAUGUGAAAAAGAGGAGAAUGUUGAUGAUGACGAUGAAAAAUAACGAGCCGAUGAUAAAUUUGAAGGUGUUCUCUUAUGACGAGCUUAACUCGGCGACCGGAGGCUUCUCGGAGAAGCUAGGGCACGGCGGUUUCGGGGCAGUUUUCAAAGGUGAACUUCCCGGUUCAGACAUUGAAAUCGCCGUGAAGAGGUUGGAAAGGAUUGGCGGAGGAGAAAGAGAGUUUCGGGCGGAGGUUUGCACGGUUGGGAACAUCCAACAUGUAAAUCUAGUUAGGUUAAUCGGGUUUUGUUCGGAGAAAUCUCAUAGACUAUUAGUUUAUGAUUACAUGCCAAAUGGGUCCUUAAGUGAUUAUUUGAAAAGAGAUGGGAGGAUCUUGAAUUGGGACGCCCGGUUUAAGAUUGCGACCGGGACCGCAAAAGGGCUGGCGUAUUUACACGAGGGAUGUCGAGAUUGCAUAAUCCAUUGUGAUAUCAAACCGGAGAAUAUCCUACUCGACAAUGAUUUCGUUCCGAAGGUGUCGGAUUUCGGAUUGGCUAAGCUUCUGGGGAGGGAUUUUAGUAGAGUUUUGGCCACUAUGAGGGGGACGUGGGGUUACGUUGCGCCCGAGUGGAUCUCGGGCGUGGCAAUUACUUCAAAAGCAGAUGUUUACAGCUACGGGAUGACAUUGUUGGAACUUCUUGGAGGUCGGAGAAACGUGGAAGGCCCGCCGCAGUCUGUUGUUGGAGACGGUGAUGGAGCUGGGGAGAAGUGGUUCUUUCCGCCUUGGGCGGCGGAGAAGAUAAUUGAGGGGGAAAUGGAUUUGGUGGUGGAUUUUAGGCUUGGAGGGAAAUAUGACAAGGAAGAGGUGAGACGGUUAGGGUUGGUUGCGAUUUGGUGUAUACAAGAUGAGGAGGCGACAAGGCCUUCUAUGAGGGAUGUUUUGAAGAUGUUGGAAGGGGUGGUUGAGGUUGGGAUUCCACCGCCGCCUAAAUUGCUUCAGGCGUUGGUAUCGGGGGAAUCGUUUAAAGGUGUUAUCAUAGAUUCGGAUGGAGGAGCGACUCCAGGUAGUCCUCUCCCAUCUGAAAAUAGUCCAAUUAAUGGACGUAACACAUUUUGAUUCAAAUUUUUAUUAUUGUUCUCCAAGAUUUAAUUGUUUCUAAAAUCAUGUUUUGAUAUAUUAAUAACAAAAAAAAAUACAUUUAUUCCGA